UGCUCGGCUAUGGAGAGGCGGCCCCUGAGCCAGGCCCUCCGCCGCCGCCCCCGGGCCAUGGCCCCCCGCCGCCACCCUUCCUUGCGCGGCCAGGUCCGCGGGGUUCCCGGCCACCGCAGCUGAUGGUGUUCCGCAACGUGGGUCGGCCGCCGGAGGAGGAGGACGCCCAGGCGGCGCCGGAGCCGGGACCCUCGGAACUGCUGUGUCCCCGGCACCGCUGUGCCCUGGACCCCAAGGCCCUGCCCCCGGGGUUGGCACUCGAGCGGACCUGGGGCCCGGCGGCCGGACUAGAGGCGCAGUUGGCUGCUCUGGGGCUCGGGCAGCCUGCAGGGCCGGGAGUCAAGACGGUGGGUGGGAGUUGCUGCCCGUGCCCGUGCCCCCCACAGCCGCCCCCUCCGCAGCCCCAACCGCCUGCUGCCGCCCCGCAGGCCGGGGAGGAUCCUACGGAAACGAGCGACGCGCUGCUAGUCUUGGAGGGCUUGGAGUCGGAGGCCGAGAGCCUGGAGACUAACAGCUGCUCAGAAGAAGAGCUCAGCAGCCCGGGCCGCGGAGGAGGAGGGAGCGGCCGGCUUCUGCUGCAACCCCCAGGCCCUGAAUUACCCCCGGUGUCCUUCCCGCUGCAGGACUUGGUCCCUCCAGGGCGCUUAAGUAGAGGGGAGCAACAGCAGCUGCCUCCCCCGCCGCCGCCGCCGCCUCCUGGGCUCCUCCGGCCACUCGCGGGCCCUUCUCGAAAGGGCUCUCUCAAAAUCCGCCUCAGCCGUCUCUUUCGCACGAAGAGUUGCAACGGUGGCUCCGGUGGUGGGGAUGGGGUCGGCAAGAGACCUUCUGGGGAGCUCGCUGCUUCAGCGGCGAGCCUGACGGACGUGGGAGGUUCUGCCGGCCGGGAGCUCGACGUGGUGAGGAAACCCAGGUUGACAAGAACUCAAAGUGCCUUUUCUCCGGUCUCCUUCAGCCCCCUGUUCACAGGUGAAACAGUGUCGCUUGUGGAUGUGGACAUCUCUCAGCGGGGCCUGACCUCUCCACACCCUCCAACUCCCCCUCCUCCUCCAAGAAGAAGCCUCAGCCUCCUAGAUGAUAUCAGUGGGACGCUGCCUACAUCUGUCCUUGUGGCUCCGAUGGGGUCUUCCCUGCAGUCUUUCCCCCUACCUCCGCCUCCUCCACCCCAUGCCCCAGAUGCAUUUCCCCGGAUUGCUCCCAUCAGAGCAGUUGAGUCCCUGCACAGCCAGCCCCCCCAACACCUCCAGUGUCCCCUCUACCGGCCUGACUCAAGCAGCUUUGCAGCCAGUUUGCGAGAAUUGGAGAAGUGUGGUUGGUAUUGGGGACCAAUGAAUUGGGAAGAUGCAGAGAUGAAACUGAAAGGGAAGCCAGAUGGUUCUUUCUUGGUACGAGACAGCUCUGAUCCUCGUUAUAUACUGAGCCUCAGCUUCCGAUCACAGGGUAUCACCCACCACACCAGAAUGGAGCACUACAGAGGAACUUUCAGCCUUUGGUGUCAUCCCAAGUUUGAGGAUCGCUGUCAAUCAGUGGUGGAGUUCAUUAAGAGAGCCAUUAUGCACUCCAAGAAUGGGAAGUUUCUCUAUUUCUUGAGAUCCAGGGUUCCAGGACUGCCACCAACUCCAGUUCAGCUGCUCUAUCCAGUGUCCCGAUUCAGCAAUGUCAAAUCCCUCCAGCACCUUUGCAGAUUCCGAAUCCGACAGCUCGUCCGGAUAGAUCACAUCCCGGAUCUCCCACUGCCUAAACCUCUGAUCUCUUAUAUCCGAAAGUUCUACUACUAUGAUCCUCAGGAAGAGGUAUACCUGUCUCUAAAGGAAGCUCAGCUCAUUUCCAAACAGAAGCAAGAGGUAGAACCUUCCACGUAGCGAGGGGCCCCCUGCUGGUCACCACCAAGGCUAGAUUUGGUUGCCAAGCUCCAGUUUUGAAGAAUGAAAUGAAGCUACCAUGAAACAAGGAGGGAGUAGGAAGGGUUGGGAUCCUCUGCGCGAAGAGUUUGGUUCCCCUCGCCACCCUGGGGCUUGGAAGAAGCACACAACCAUACUCUCCUCUUGGGGGCUCCACCUCUCACAUCGAGCCCCUGUGGCAUUUUGGAACUGGAUGAGCUCCUUGGAAAACUGGAAGAAGUCUCAACACUGUUCCUUUUUCACAAGUUUUGUUUUGGAUAUUUACAUUUCUUGGUAUGGAAAACUCACCUUAAAGACAGCUGGGGUUUGUGCCCAUUGGAUUGGAAGUGUUGUGAAGGGUGAGCAGGUCCAAAGGAGGGGGUGGGUGGUGUUGCCUGUGUCGGUCAUGAAGCUGGUGCCAAAGGCAGAAUGCGAGUCUUCACCAUUGACCUUGAAGAAGGGAAGAGGAGAAGUGCAAAUCAAGUUGGGAGUUUCGGAGGGAUGAGAAUCUGCUUCUCUUUAAGCAUGGGUAACUUUCAGUAGGAGCAGGAAAGAAAGCAGGUGGGUGGGCUCGGAUAAAAGGUUACUGGACAGAAACUGACAGAUGGCCUCUGUUGGGGGAAGUAGUGACUCCUCAUCCUUUCCUUUUCCGGUUUAGGAACCUGAUUUAGAAUCACCUCUCAUAGAAGCUGGAUUCAUUUUGAUUUACUUGAUUCCUAAGCUCUGUGACCUCAAGUUAGCCCCAUUCUUUCCCCACCCUCAGUCCAUUCCCCAAGAUAACUGUACAUUUCACUCUGGUCAUGGUAACAUCACUUGUUUUGCUUCCGCCAGCUGUCAAGGCAGUAUUUUUUCUCAUCACCUGAGCAGUUCAGCGCUCCAAUCACGGGCUGCUAAAGGUAAUGGAGCAUGCCUCCAGAUUCUUAAUGGCAAACUGCACCCGUAACUUAGGAGUCAGUGUUGCUUCCCUCCAUAUGUCUGUCGGCUAGUGAGAAGAAAUGUGGAGGCAGGUGGAAAACAAAGCUAUCAUAGUUGUAUUCUUCUAGAGAGAGCUCUCUAGUGUCUCAGCCUUAAUGUGAUGUCCUUAGAUCAGGAGGGGGAGAGCAUUACAUCUCAUAUUUUUAGGCUUAUCACUGUCGUCCCAUUUCUGAGACAGGAGGUAGCAAGGGCUUUAUUUUCCUGUGUUUCUGGCAACCCAAACCUUUUCCUGAGUCAAAUCCCGCUUGCCCUCCUUUCAUUGGGAUUCUGUCAGAUGCUGAUUUCAGAGUUGCCUGUCUUCCAGGUGAAAGUGAGGAGGGAGAAAAACUCCAGGGCUUUUCAAUGGACUUUAAUUUUUUCUGAAGCAGGUCAUUGUCAAAUCAUAUAACAUUAUGAAUUUGGUUUUCUGUAGAGUUACUCUGGGGAAAGGUAUGCUAUUAAGAUGUGAAAAUUGAGCUGUUUGGUCUUUAUUACUCUUUCGCAGUAAGUGUUCCAUUAGACUGCCUCUUCUGGUUACCUUGUGCUUUAUUUCUGCCUUAUCUCACGAGAUAAAUAAUGCUGUCAGGUUCAUGGUUUCCCGAUGGUUUGGGGUGAGGCCCCUGUGCUUGUUAAUCUAUAGGACUGCCUCAUCUGGAAGCAUUGGCCUUCUACCUUACGACCUGCAUGGAAUAAAUAGGGAGGAAACUUGCACUGUUAUUUGGCUCCAAAGAGGUGGCCCACAAAAUGAACUCUCUAGCAUUAAUACAGCCCACCUCCGAUGUCAGGAGGUGCUGCUUUUCUCCUUGGCUUCCAUGGUAGUAUUACCAACCAGUUAAAAUUGUGCUCCCAGAAAUUGGCUUAACCUGUGACUGUUGCCUCUUGAGGGUACAGAUUAACUUGCCAUCUUGCAGAAAGUGCCACACACCACAUCCCACCCUGCCGCCACUAGAGAGCCUGAAGUCCGGAAUCCAGUGGGAUCUUUGAGUGGCUGAUGUGCAGCUAUCUAGGAUUUUUUUAAAAAACCAUUUCACUACCCAUAAUUUUAAAAAUUAUUUUUUAAGCAUGUGUAUCUAGCCUUAGGGAGCUUUUAGGCGAAUGUCACUCAUGAAGCAAUUGGAGAAUGACUCAGUGUGACAGAGAAUCAAAGCUGCCUUUAAAGAAAUUCAGAGUGGGUAAGAUUAGGGUAGACCAGAUCGUGUAGGAAAGCUCUGAGGCAGUGAGGCUUUGGGUUGUAGGUGAGGGCAGAACAGUGACUAAGAAAUGUAUGAACCGAAAGCACGAAAGCAGGAAUCUGCCUGAUGUGUACUGAACAGUGCAUAGCCCCAAGUUAGAGCAGAAGCACCUAAGAAUCCAUUUUCAGGGUGGCGGUCUAGACCGAAACUUUCUAGUUAUUAGACCUAGGUUUGGAUGUUGAGAGCUUAUGAUGGUAAAGUAGAGUCCAAAGCCAGAAGUCAGCUGGGUUCCUGCCUUUGGCCAAGGACCUCACUGUUUUCAGUGCAGCCUGGAUGAAGGAGGCAGAGCACCUGGACCCCCUAUGGUACCAGGGGUUUCUGUUGGAGAAUUCCUGCACUCGGUACAAAUCCAAACCAACUGAGGAGGCUCAGCCUCACCCCGUCCUUUCUGUUUCUGGGAGGGGUGGUGUUUACUUUUGUUUGUGAUCUGUCUCUGUCUGUGCUUUAAUCACAGCGCAGGCUGCAGCCUAGUCCUCCCUCAGUAGAAGGGGCUACAGGACAGAGUUGUGCAAGAGGAGACAGGCUCCAUCAGGAGAUGUGGAGGAAGAGGUGGGCAGUUGGCUGAGGUGCCAGCCUGGUCAGAAAGCAAACAGGGAAGAGGAGCAGCUGGCCCAUCAUUAGCACUUCCCCUUUAUCUCUCCUGGCUGGGCCCACCCCAUCCUUUGCCAUUUCUGUUCAGUGCUAAUUGAAAUGCAGUCUACUGAGGGUACUUAUUCCUUUGUGGUUGUAUUUUAAAGUCACAAACUGGAAAAGGCUCUCACUUCUAGAGACGCCCUCUCAUUGAUUUCUGAGUUGUGGGUGGGUGAUGUCAGUACCCUCAGGCCCUGCCUGUGUAACCCUCACUUAUUUGUGAUCGAUCUGCUGUAAUCUUCCUCAGGAUGGUGCAAACCACUGUGAGCUAGUGACAACUACUGCUACAACUUGCUAUUACUUGAAACUCGUGCUGUGAUCAGAGCACAGGAGUAAGAAGGGUGGGGGCUUUGAUGUGGGCACUAUGUAAGUGGGUGACAGCUGAGAGGUCGGGACCACUGGUGAUGACUUUGGCUUGGUUGUCUGCCUGUGCCUAGAUAUAUAUAGUGAAUGGAUAUUCAUUGGAAUGUGAGCCGAGGACUGCAGCCACCAAGAGGAAAGGCGCAAUGGGGAGCUUGCCACCCUGGCUUCUACUCCUCCGCCUCCUUUCCUUCUUUUCACUGGGCUGAUUAUGUAGUCCCCUCAUUAAGGCUGGGAAUGAUAUGGAGAUAGCCACACAUCCAGGAAGAGCUAGGGAGCAAAGAGGGUUAUUAGUGGUUCCAGAUCCAGGUGUGAGAGACUAGGGAGCCAGCCCAUUCAGGCCUCACCCCACGGCCCCCAGAAGAGCAGGGCCUGCUUGAAGCCCUCAGGGCCCAGGAGGGUGUGGGGAUGGGAGGAACUUUCCCCUUAGGUUCCAUCCAUCCCUGUCCUGCUGUCUCUCCCUUGGUUUUGAGCCUUGAAGUUGGAAGACUGGGCACUGGGAUAGGGCGCUAUGGCUCCUGGAGGGCCGUCUGAAAGGUGUGUGUGUGUGCGUGUGCGUCUUCAUUUGCAGAAGUCUUGUCACCAGUUGGGGUGUUGAGAGCACCUCCACUGGGGGGAGACCAGCCAUUUGUUUUCCACUUUUAAGAGAAUAACAUACCCCCUGUCCCCAAGGGAGGAGCUUUUGAGUUAGACAUUUUCCCUAUGGGAAUCCUCUUGGUUUGGUCUGUGGGAAAGGGGGGAAUGGAUAAAUGAUUUUUAUCUCUGAUUGUCAACACGGCUGUUCUUACACUGAAUUUGUGCUAUUGCAUACAUGUAGCCAUCUUUCUUUUCACUGCAGCAGUGUUUAUCAGUAGUUCAAAAUGAUUUAUUUGCUCCUGGGGAGUAAACCUUUUUUAUUAAAAAAGAAAAAGUAAAAAAAAUUAAAAAAAGAAAAGUGUGACCCCCCCCUUUCCCCCUCCAGGAUAGCGAUAGGAUUAUUGGGCCACAAAGCUCAAGAAGGUAAGGUCAAGUUUGCCAGUCCCCAUGAUCUAUCCUCUUUUGACAUUGGAGCCUUCUUGCUCAGCACAAAACAACAGGAGGCCUUGAGAAGAUGGAGAACAAAGCCUUGGGAGGAGUUAGAUGGGGUUGGACCACAGAGGCAGAGGCAUUGGGGACUCGGGCGCUGCAGUAAGAAAAAUAGAGUAAUGAAUUAUAUUUAAAAUAUUGACGCUAAUCUGCCAGGGAAAGACCUUUCUUUACAUGCAGAUUCAAUGUUGUCUUUGUCUUUUUCAUCCUUCUUGACCUUGAUAGGUGCUGUCCCAUUUUCUUCCUGUUUCCCUUCCUGUCUUCUCUCUCUCCUCCCCUCUCCCAUCCCUUCCCAGUCCCAUCUACCUCCUGGGAAGCCAGUCCUGCAUGCUGAGUCUGUGACAUGCCUUCACACCCAUUUCAUCUUGUUUAGAGGGUACCUGGAACUGUUACCCCCACACCCCCUCCACCAUGCUAAGAGGCAUCAAGGGGCAGGCAAAAUGCAGCCAGCCAUGGUGGGAAGACAUGAAUGUCAGGUCGCAGCUGGUCUGCGGUCGUAGUUGUUCCUGGAGAUAGAGUGCAAGGAAAGCUUAGGACACUCUUGAUCGGAACCCAGGAUAUCGCAAACCACACAGCCCCGCUCAGAACUGCGUCCUAAGCCCCCUACCCAGCUCAGGAGGAGCGGGAAGGCUGGUCUGACUCUUUCAUCCCUGGUGCUCCCUUGAACAGGGACCUGCCCCACACAGGCCCAGAAUCUUUUCCAAGGGAUGAGCAUGAUCCAGGCACCACUCUGUGGGCAGACCAGGCAUUGGAGUGCCCAAACUGGUGCUGCCCGUGGCACAGCCACUGCUGUACAUUUUUUGGUUGUUUUUAAGAAAUUCAAGAGGGGUGUCAUUCUGGGCUCUGGUGGUUGCCGAUUCUUCGCCAGAGGGGAGCCACACCCUCCGCAACCACUUCUGUCCACUUCAGCCACCUUGCCCUCUUCCAAGCCAAAGCGUGGCCUGGGUUUUCCCAUUUAAUUUUCCUCCUUUCCUCUCCCUUUUUGUGCUUAAUUUAUUAAAAUAGUUGCUGUAUAAUUUAUUUUCAUAAACUAUAAAAAUUACUAAAUGGUUAAAAUAGACUUGCAGGCCAAUCUUAAAUGGGGUGGGAGGGUCUGAGGGUGGGGCGGGGAAAGAUGUUUUGAUAUAAACAAAACAAAUGCACUUUGGGUGUGUUUUGGUAUUUUUCUGGGGCUUGAGGGGUGGGUGUUGGGAUGUCCCUGUAGAUUAGUUCCAGAAUGGGGUGUCUGUAUAUAUUGUAUUAAUAGGCAUGUUCGACUCUUGUAAAGGGACAUUAGUAGCUGCUGCAGGUCCUGUUUGGAACCCCAUGUACAAUUCCCAGUUUUUUGUAAGUGUCAGUGCGGGAGACAUUUGACUCUUGUGUUUGUAUCUCCUUUUUAUGAUUGCUGUACUGACUCAUGUCUUUUGGGGGAGGGGUGAAAAGAGAUUUGAAAUAAAAAUGUUUAGAAAUUA